UCAAAGCAUAAAUUUGUGUAAAGAAAGUAAAUGCAUGAGUUAAACAACUGGAGAAAGUUUUUUUAACUUAACAUAAGAAUGUUUUGAAUAUACUCUUAAAUUUAUGAUCUUGUCAUUGAAGAUGAUCACCUGCUUCCACAAAAGCAUUUCUUCUAGGAGUUGAAUAGACUGUACUUCCCAAAUAAGUAUUUCUAAGUGACUGAUUUUUUUAUACAGAUGUUGCCAUUCAUAAGUGGGCUGGUUGUGGCCUGUUAAAAACACAGCCAAACUCUCAGCUGCAAAGAGCUUGAUACUUCAAUACUGGUGUUCAGACUUUGGUGUCUUGAGUCUUUUUGGAAGGUCUGACCUCAUCAGAGCCAUGAGCAAUGCCUCUGUUGUGACCGAGUUUAUCCUGCUGGGCAUCCCUCACACAGAGGACCUGGAGACUGAGCUCUUUGUCCUGUUUUUGUCCUUCUACAUCUUCACCCUUGUGGGAAACCUGCUCAUCCUACUGGCAAUCGUCUCCUCCUCCCAACUUCACACACCCAUGUACUUCUUCUUGUGUAAGCUGUCUGUGUGUGACAUAUUCUUCCCUUCUGUGAGUUCCCCCAAGAUGCUCUUCUACCUCUCAGGGCAUAGCCGAGCCAUCUCCUAUGCAGGUUGUGCAUCCCAGCUCUUCUUCUACCAUUUCCUGGGCUGUACAGAGUGUUUCCUAUGCACAGUGAUGGCGUAUGACCGCUUUGUUGCCAUAUGCCACCCUCUACGCUACAAGGUCAUCAUGAACCACAGAGUGUGUGCCAUCCUGGCCAUGGGUACCUCAUUUUUUGGCUGUGUUCAGGCCACCUUUCUGACCACUCUCACCUUUCAGUUGCCCUACUGUGGCCCCAAUGAGGUGGACUAUUUCUUCUGUGACAUCCCCGUGAUGCUGAAGCUGGCUUGUGCAGAUACCUCAGCCCUGGAGAUGGUGGGGUUCAUCAGUGUGGGUCUCAUGCCCCUUAGCUGCUUUCUUCUCAUCUGCACCUCCUACAGUCGCAUUGUCUAUUCUGUCCUGCAGAUCCGCUCUGCAGAGGGCCGACGUCGUGCCUUCUCCACCUGCAGUGCCCACCUCACUGCUGUCCUACUGUUGUACAUGCCAGUGGUGCUCAUCUACUUGAGGCCAACCCCAAGUCCAUGGCUGGAUGCAACUGUUCAGGUCCUGAAUAACCUGGUCACCCCCAUGCUGAAUCCCUUGAUCUACAGCCUCAGGAAUAAGGAGGUAAAAUCCUCUCUGAAGAAAGUUGUACAUCAAUUGGGUUUUCUUCCUUAA